AUGGCUUCUAAAUACUGUCACAAGCCUCUACCCCCUCCUGACCCCGGGUCUGCAUCGCGCCCAAUUCGGCUGCUGCGGCUCCUUCCCGCCACAGACGCCUCCACCCCGCUGCAGGGCGAGCUAAAACAGGUCGACCUGUCAGAUGCACCCCGCUACGAAGCCCUGUCGUACGUUUGGGGAGACCCUGUAUUCGACCAUGAGCUGCACGUUCUAGAGGACGGCAACAACGAUGUCGUCAACAUUACCAAUAAUUUGUCGCUAGCCCUGCGUCGGCUCCGCCUCGCAGGUGAGCCGCGCACGCUGUGGGUGGACGCCGUAUGCAUCAAUCAGGUCGACGCUGAAGAGCGCGGCCGGCAGGUGGCCAUGAUGCAGGCCAUCUUUGGCGCGUGCGAGUGCUGCCUCGCGUGGCUGGGUCCGUUUUUGCACGAGGACGACAGGCCCCGUCGCCCCGAGAGGGCCGAGGAGGGAUACAUGGCCAGAGCCAUGGACACGUUUGAGCGCAUGGCCGUCCACGACGCGGGGUUUCUGGGCAGCAAAAGGGAGACGGCAGAGUCCAUCGCAUCUCUGCACCGUGGUGGCAGGCCCAUCCACGCCGACCCGGCCAAGCAUCACUACCUCCUGUCCAGGGAGGAGACCAUGAUGCUCUCGUUCCUCUUCCGCAGGGCCAAGCUGUGGGAGAGGACCUGGUGCGCGCAAGAGUUUUCCCUCUCGCCCCGUCUGGUGCUGGUCGCGGGCGAUGCGCGGCUCGACUGGGAGCGGGUAGAGAGCUUUCUGGACAGCGUGCUCCGCUCAAACGUCUUCCACGGGUCGUUUGGCCACGGCUGGGUCAUGCAAAUCAUCGGACAGUCCUUCUCCAGCCCCAAGCGCAUCCAGGAGCAGCGGCGAAUCUUGCGGGGCGGCAGUGCCGAUGACGCGUCUACCCUGAUGGAGGUGCUCGCCAGGUUCCGCCACCUCGAGUCUGCCGACCCCCGCGACAUGGUCUUUGGUCUGCUCGGCCUGGUGGACCCACCAAUGCGCGUGCCGGUAGACUACACCAAGACCACCGCCGAGGUCUUUGUCCAGACCACGGCCGCCAUCAUAAACUCGCGCGGCGACCUCGACGCCGUCUGCCAGAGCCCGUGGUUUUCCAGCCGCAACGACACGCGGCCGCCAGAAGGCCUGCCCUCGUGGGCCAUCGACUUUGCCAGCCACAACGCGGGCGACCUGGUCUCUGCCCAGCAGGGUAUCUUUGCGACUGGCAGGUCUCAGUGCCAGACUCCUUGCCAGGUCAUCGGCGGGGUGGCGCUCAAGUGCCGGGGUCGACGCUUUGGCGGCCCAGUGUCGGCUCCCGGCGUCGACACGGCCAAACACCGGUUCCCAACCUACAUGGGGCCCGAAGAGGUCAUCGCCGAGGCCCGCCGCCUAGGCUACCUCAAGGACCCGGACGAGCCGUACCCGGCGACGGGCGAGCGGACGACGCAGGCCCUCUGGCGCACCCUGGUCAUGGACUGCACCGCCUACCCUACGCGCAGGCUGACGGCCGAGCAGGUGCAAGAGGAGACCAAGAGCCUGGACGGCAUCCUUGACGAGGUUUGCGCCCUGCCCAAGGACACCAUGUGGAGGGAAAAGGAAAAGUUUUACCGGAAGCUGCACUCGUACAUGAUGUUUAGGCGCAACCGCGAAACGUGGCACUUUUUCACCACCGACGACGGCAGGUUUGCCCUGGGCGGCAGCGAGGUCCGCGAGGGCGACGUCGUUGCCGUUCUGGAUGGCGCAAAGGUGCCGGUCGUGCUCCGGCCGACGGGGGAGAGCAUGGACGGCGUCGAGUGCUGCAGGUUUGUGUCCCCGGCCUAUGUCCACGGCUCCAUGGACGGUGAGGAGGUGGAUGGGCCGGGGACGCAGGACCUGCUUUUGGUUUGAAGCCACUCGGCUCGAUGCAGCUGUGCGAGAGAGCAAGUAGGGGAUUUUUCAGCUUUUGCUGAUGAGAUCAACAGGUGGUGUUAACAAGGGGAUCAGUUGGCGAGCAGGCAACUUUUCUAGCAAGAACACACCGCGACGCCAAAACCCGAGAUUACACCUUCACCAAGGCCCUCAUCAAGUCAUAAAUGACACAACAAUCUACAGGCCAAUCUUGACUGCCAAAUAGUCUACUGCAACCUGAACCGUCAGGCCCAGGAUGCCGGUGGCGGGGAUCUUGUCGUCGUCGGAGCGUCUCUUCCAGCCGAGCUCGUAGGGGAGCCUCUCGUUCUCUGCGUACGAGUUAGCGACAAUCGUCAAUCUCAGAAGCGCGUAGGGCACACACCAAAAAAGUACUCGACCCAAGACCUGUUGGCGUUUCCAUUGUCGUAGUUCCCAAAAAGGCCCAGGUACAUGGCGGUCUGGCCGAGCGAGUUGGUGUGUCCGUCGAGGGGCAGGUUGAACUUUGGGUUGACGGCCUGGGCGGUCUUUUGGCGGGCGGCCAGGGCCCUGGCGGCGUCCCUGACGGAGAUGGUGGGGGAGGGCCAGUGCGACUUGGUCUCGUCAAAGAUGGUCUGGUUGAAAGACCAGUUGUCGCCAAAGAAGAGGUCGGCGCGGCUGAGCGACGCGUCGUGCUCGAUGAGGUCGUGCUUGUUGAGGUCGUUGAGGUGGAACGUGUCCUUGCUGCCCGUCGACGACGCCGUCACGGCCUUGUUGCCCUGCAGUCGGAAGAAGAGCUUGGCGUCGUCGCGGAGGUUGAGCCCCGCGUGCAUGCCGUCGAUCAGCGCGUCCACCGAGAUGUCCUUGCCGUUGCGCGGGAGGUAGCCGUGGUUGGCGAGACUGUUGAGGAGGGGGCAGGGGGAACGGCCUGUGUUUUUGUUUCGUUGUUGUCAGUUGGCCCUGUGCGCGGAAGGCAGGAGGGGAUGGGGAGGGGAUCCAUUUAUUGACGAGAGACUCACGAUCACCACUGCCCGGUGCCUGCCACUGGUGCGCGGCGUCCUGGCAGAGUGCCGAGGACGCAAAGAGGGCGACGGAGAAGAGAGCGACGAGCAUGGUGACAGAGGCAAACCAAAGGCACUGAAAAGAAUGGACGUGCAAGGAGCAGCCUCCCAAAGAAAGAAUCGGCUUGGCGGGUUAUUCUGCAUCUAUAUACCUACUUCGUAAGCUACCUAGCUUACUUGUUGCUCUGCCCCCCUAAAUUGCGCCAAGCCUUCCGAUUUGGACCGGGGAAGCAUGCGCCCCGCGUGAGAGCGAGUCGGUGGUUGCCGAGGCGGGCCACAUGAGCUCCCGGAGCGGCCCACCCACCAACGGGGUCCCCGAGCCGCCGUCGCCCCACGGCCAGCUUAGCCGAAAGGGGGGGCUCAAGGACCCGGUAUUCUGGGAAAUUACCCUCCACUUGCAUUGAUGGCGGGUGAAAUUUGACAAGGCCAUAUUUGGAAGGCGCCAAGAAGAUUGCCCUAAAAAGUACAAAGUAGUGACCGAGAGCCUCUGACAGAUAAUUUAUUAACAGACGAUACUAUCGUCGCGACAAAACAACAGACAUGCAAUUGCCAGGGUCAAAGGCAAGACACCAGCACGCUGAUGCAUGAUGGAAUCAAUGUCCGCAUCGCAAAGCAUUGGGGAUCUAAAAGGUUGCAGAAGCUGUGAAAAUAAUGUUCCGCCACAUGCACCGCUUUCUCGUUUGAUAGACGCGCCAGGCAGUCCCUUGUUCCUCGCGACCGGCCGAGGUUUCGGUCUGGUCAAUGUUUUGUAUAAUUAUCCAGCAGUCGUUGUUGUUCCUGCGACUCCCUUUCGGUUCAACCCCUGCAGG